CCCCCUCCCGGCGUGGCGGCAGUAGCUGUGGCGGCAGUGGCAGGGGACAGAGCCGAAGAUGGCGGCGGCGGAGGAGCAACCGCAGCAGCAGCGGGCGCUGUCGGAGGGGGAAGGCGGCGGCGCGGCGCCGGCCCCGGGCUCGGGCUCGGCGCGGCUGUCCCCGCCACCUGCCCCGCAGCCGCCGGCGGCCCUGGCGCCUGUGGAUCAGCCGCCGCAGAGCAACACGCUGGUGGGGCUGCCCAUCGUGGCCAUCGAGGGCAUCCUCGGCUUCCUCUCCUACGACGAGACCAGCCAGCUCCGCCUGGUUUGUAAGCGAAUGGACUUGGUCUGCCAGCGAAUGUUAAAUCAGGGAUUUCUGAAAGUGGAAAGAUAUCACAACUUGUGUCAGAAACAGGUUAAAGCACAACUUCCAAGACGAGAGUCAGAAAGAAGAAACCAUUCUUUAGCUCGUCAUGCAGACAUUCUUGCUGCUGUAGAAACUAGGCUUUCUCUGUUAAAUAUGACUUUCAUGAAAUACGUGGAUUCCAAUCUUUGUUGCUUCAUACCUGGAAAGGUGAUUGAUGAAAUCUAUCGUGUGCUAAGAUAUGUAAACUCUACAAGAGCUCCUCAAAGAGCCCAUGAAGUUCUUCAAGAGUUAAGGGACAUCUCUUCCAUGGCUAUGGAAUACUUUGACGAGAAGAUUGUUCCCAUUCUCAAAAAAAAGCUGCCUGGAUCAGAUGUAUCAGGACGUCUCAUAGGAGCUGCUCCAGUUCCAGGUCCGUCUGCUGCAUUGACAACAAUGCAGCUGUUCUCCAAGCAAAACCCUUCAAGGCAGGAAGUCACCAAACUCCAGCAGCAAGUCAAAACAAAUGGUGCAGGUGUGACUAUGCUAAGGCGGGAAAUUUCAGAGCUUCGCACCAAAGUGCAAGAACAGCAGAAACAGCUUCAGGACCAAGACCAGAAACUGCUAGAGCAAACCCAAAUCAUAGGUGAACAGAACGCCCGCUUGGCUGAGCUUGAACGCAAACUCCGAGAAGUAAUGGAAAGUGCAGUAGGAAAUUCCUCAGGUUCUGGCUCAAAUGAGGAGUCUCCUAGAAAACGGAGGAAGGCAGUGGAAUCCGUAGACUCUCCUAGGAAAUCUAAACGCCUUCGAAACAGAAAAUAAUUUUGGAGUAAACAACGUCUCCAGAAGAAUACACUUUUCUAGUAACCCAAGCAGUCUGGCUUGCCUGGAUACUGUGAUUAGCAGCAUGGUGUCAUUUAGGCUGCUGGCUCUCCAAAAUUCCACUUAGACUUGAAAAGUAAACUUCUCACUCUUGAGACAUUUAUUUCCCCUUCUCCCCUCCGCUUCUGUCUGAGUGGGCCUAACGCACGGGAUCUUUAUAAUUUGCAAUAGAUACGUACUAACCAGACCUGCUCUGUCAUGUUUUGAGGAGUUAACCUUUUUUUUUUCUUCUGUGCGGAUGUGUUAAAGUGAACUUAUUUGUGUUUAUGCAUAUAUUCACAUAAAAAUAUCUUAAAUAAAUCCAGUCUCAACUGAUUAGAAAGUUAAAUUUACAAACAGAUGUCCUUUUCACUUGAAAAAGACCCACUUUUUAAAUCUUGUUUUAAAACAAGUUGACUCUUUUGUUACAAGUGACCUUGUCUGGAAUGUCUGAAAAGUAGUUAAUACUUUGGGGAUCUAUGUAAUAAGUAAAAUAACUUCUUAUGCUACAGUAUUGGCUAUAUAUUUUUGUAAACUAUGAGCAAGGGACUUCUAUCCAGUCUACAUGUGCACACCCCCUAGUUCAAAGUAUCUGGAGCCAUAUUCUACAUUUGCAUGAAUAGAUGCAUGCAUUGCUUAAUCAGCUUGCUAAAAGCACUUGCCUGGAGUUGCUCUUAAAUUAAGUCUCUGUACUUUCCCAGAGUUAGAGAGCAAUUUUAAUUCUUCAGCCAUAACUUUGCAUCUGCUUUCAGUACAGCUGCUUUCUUACAGUGAAAGGGUUCUUGUGAGACCAGUUGCAGAAAAGGAAGUAUUUAAGCCAGGCUAUUUGCUGCUUACACUCCUUGUAAACUACAGGUACAGUCAGCUAGAGGUUGAAAAUUCAGAGGCUGUUUCUGUCCAUCGUUCCUUUGGCUCAUAGACCAAAAGCUGAUGAGUAUUGGACAAAAUGAUCUGUCCCCACAAUAAGCAGGCUUAGUGGAACACUGAACGAAACACUGUAUUACAAGAAAUCUUAAAGAAUUUCAUGUGUGGAAAAGUGCUCUCUGUAAUAUUAAUAACUAUACUCUUAACUUUCCUUAUUCUGAAAGGUAAAUCACUUCAGACAAAGCUUUAAUUUCUUUUGCACUUCUGUUUUGAGCUUGUAACUGGAAAAGCAUGUCUUGCACUGUUCAGUCUUUUGAUUGGUCACUUUAACAACCUCAGAGUUGUUUUGUACAGUGAUUUUUUUUUUUUUUUUUUUUUUUAAUUCUCCCCCCAGUUGUAUAUUUUUGGAACCUUAUACAAGUAUUGCUGUCCUUGUUUUUGUUUUAAUGUACUAAAACUAUGUAGCUUUAUCAUUUGACUGUUUAUGCUUUCUUUUAAUCAACUGUUGCCUUGGGUUUAGGUGGAAUUAAAUGCUGUGUGGCACUGAAAAAUGCCACAUUCUGGUGGUGGUUUGAAGUUUUGAUGACUACUACCAUGGCUAAAAGUGCAGGUUCAGCACUCCUAUAUUUUCUAUGUCUGUUCACACAAAAUUAUUAUGUUUCAAUUAACCAAACAGGAAUUUGAAGCUGUCCUGUAAAUUCUUUUGUGAUACCUAAUACGCUUCUUUAAAUUUGAUUAUCCUAGGUUUUAUUUCUAAAACACACUGGUUUGUGUCAGAGAUAAUUUCCCAUGAAACAUGCCAUUACAAAUUAAUGUCUAGUUUUUGGCAGAGCAUUUAAUUUUUAAAUAAACUUGUUUUGCUAGUUUAAAGAGUCUUUAAAAUGGGUUGUUUCAUUAAAGAAAACAUUAAAUUGACUUCUACCCAUUUGCUCAUUGGUGAUAUAAAAUUUAAAAGUGGCUAAGGCCUUUUGUUGUUGAUCUGUAGAACUUGAGCUGUAAUGCUAUUACAUGACAAAGGCCUGUUGGAGAUACUACAUAGCAGUUUUCAACUAAACACUUGAAUGUUUCCCUUGUGUCUAGAAAGGACUUUUCUCGCAAAAGUCAAUGUGAUUAUCAUUUAACAGGUGUAACUAUUGUAUCAGUACUUGGUACAUAUGAUUUUAGUUCAUUUAAUGGGCUUAUUCCUUUAACAGGUAUUUGUUUUGAAAGGAUUUAAGCAUAAAUAAAAAACCUGUAACGUG